UAAGCCGCUUUACUUUAUCCUUCAAUUGUUCCAAGAGUGACAAGGAAGUAAUACGGAUUUACUCACAGCGAAGGUUCCCUCCUAGUUGCCGAUCAAUGUAGUUGGGAAUGGAACAGGCAAAGCAAUGGGGAGGAUAAAUUCCUAAAACUAAGAUAAUAGGCAUCUCUCUGUAACUCUCGAGAAAUCAGCAUCAACAGAGAUUGGUUGAGAAAUAUUGAUCUGGAACAGAGCAAAGUCUCUUACUUCGAAAUUAGGUGCUCUCAGGCUUCCGUUGAGCACGAAGUAAAAACUCACAGAUGGCAAGUUUGGUAGGAGGGGCUGCGUUAGGAGCUUCGUUUGGGGUGGCAGCUCAACUUUUGUCGGACGCGAUCAAGGAAGCCGUGAAGAGCGUCAAAAACUUCAAAAAAGAUCUUCGGAGGCUCGAUUCCACACUUGAUAGGGUGAAACCUCGGAUUGAAGAGGUGAAACUGUUGGAUGAGAAGUUAAAAGAUAGCUCCAAGGCCAAUAUAGCUUCAUUGACUCAAGAGUUAAAGGAAGGGGAACAACUGGUUCGAAAGUGCGGAAAAAUUGGGAAGUUGAAUUGCUACAGGAAGCUACGGUACUCGUCGAAGUUGCUAAAAUUGGAACAAUCUCUGAAUCGCUUCUUUCAGUUGAAUGUGGAGUUGGAAAUUUGGCGCAACAGCAUACAGAUUGAAGUUUAUUUAGAGCAGAUGGAUGGUAGACUCGACAGAAUGGACGGUAAUUUGGACAUGGUGGCGAGCAAACUGAAUGGCGCACAGAGCAAACUAGACGUGGUGGGGAACAAUGUCAUUGUAGUGGGGAAUCGGUUGGGUGUUAAACUGGAGGAAAUGGGGAGUGAAUUGAAGGACAAAUUGGAUUAUGUAGCGAAUGGAAUCAACAGUAAAUUGAAUCAAUUCAGAACGGAUGGAGCCGAGGUUUGUGCGAUUCCUGAGCCCCCAAGUCACAUUGUUGGAUUCGAUGUGCCGCUGAGAGAACUGAAGAGGGAGUUGUUUCGGGAAGAUGUGAAAGUGCUUGGACUGUGUGCUCUUGGUGGGUGCGGCAAGACAACGUUGGCAGCCAAGCUUUGCAAAGACGACGAUGUAAUAGGCUUUUUCAACACAAACAUCUUAUUUUUGACUAUUUCAAGCUCGCCCAAGUUCGAGUUGAUCAUACACAGAUUAUUCAAAAAGAUAUGCGGAUCAGCACCCGGGUUCGUAAAUGAUGAAGAUGCAAUGAAUCAUCUGAGAGAACUGAAACAGUUCAAGGAGCAACUAGACCCUAUGCUGUUGGUCCUGGAUGAUGUUUGGCCAGAGUCUGAGGUGUUCCUUGAGCGACUUAGACAUGUCUUUAACACAGGAGGAUGUAAAAUGGUGGUCACAUCAAGAAGUGCGUUACAAUCCUUUGAUUCCACAUAUACAUUGAAAAUGUUGAGCGACGAAAAUUCCAUGGUUCUCUUUAGUCACCAUGCUAACCUGCAAGACAAGAAUGGAAAUAGCAGGAAGCCAGAGAAGGAGUUGUCUAGCUCCUCUGGACUAAGAUUGUCUUUGCUCAAUGGCAUGGAGUUGCAGAUGGUGAGAAGUAUAGUGAGAGGUUGCAAAGGAUCCCCCCUGGUUCUUGAGGUUAUUGGCCGCUCACUGCGAGAGCAACCUCUGAUGAUAUGGCAAGACACAGAGAGGAUAUUAUCGUCAGAAAGUAGUUCAAUUUUUGAGUCCCAUGAUCAGAUUCUAAAAUGUCUAGCACGCAGCUUAGAUGUCCUAAAUUACACCGCCAGACAAUGUUUUCUGGACUUGGGUGCCUUUCCUGAGGAUCAUAGGAUUCCUGCCUCAGCUCUUAUUGAUAUUUGGAUUGAACUCCAUAAGCUACAUGAUGAAAAUGGGGCAUUCAGAAACCUCCAUCAACUUUCCACCCAUAGUCUUGUUAAUCUAAUUGAAGGCACAAGGAAAGAUGCAGGGGAACUUCAUUGUAACUUAAACAAGCUGUUUGUAGUUCAGCAUGAUCUGCUCAGAGACUUGGCUAUCUACAAGAGCCAGCCGCAGAACCAAGACAUAACACAGAGAGAGAGACUUGUAAUGGAAAGAAGAGAAAAUGAUCUUCCAGAAAUCUGGAAGGACCAAAAGGAUCAACGCCUCAGUGCCCGCCUCAUCUCAAUUCUUACAGGUGAAAGGUCUCCCUCAAACUGGUGUGAUAUGCAACUUCCAGAGGCUGUGGUUUUAAUUCUGGAUUUCUUGGCAAUGGAAUACUCAGUACCCCCCUUCUUAGAGAAAAUGGGAAAGCUCAAGGUGCUGAUCAUGACAAGUCAUGGACAAAAACCUGCCAAACUCAAAGGAGGCUUGCAGGCACUAGGUAAUGUAGCCCAACUGAAGAGAAUCAGGUUAGAGAAGAUUUCAAUUCCUUCGCUUACAGUGCCACUGAAGAAUUUGCGAAAGAUAUCAUUGGUUAUGUGUGAGGUUGGCCAAGCCUUCUCUAACUGUACCAUGGAGAUCUCCAGCAUGCUACCAAAUCUCAUCGAGCUGAACAUUGACUACUGCAAUGAUCUGGUGGAAUUGCCACCAGGGAUCUGCCAUGUCUUCCACCUGCAAAAGCUGAGCAUCACCAACUGUCAUAAUUUAUCCAAACUUCCUGAAGAGCUCGGAUAUAUGACUAAUUUAGAGGCGCUAAGGCUACAUGCAUGUACAGGACUGUUACAGUUGCCGGAAUCGAUCCGGAAUCUACACGAGUUAAGGUUUCUUGAUAUCUCUGAAUGUGUGAGCAUGGAAAGCCUAUCCCAAGGGUUGGGUGAGUUAAACAGUUUGGAAAAGCUCGACAUGAGCAGUUGCUCAAGAGUAAAGGAAUUGCCAAGCUCAGCCAGCAACCUUCGGAAUCUAAAAGUGAUUUAUUGUGAUGAUGAGACAACCAGUCUGUGGAAACGCCUCCAACUUCCCGAGCUUAGCAUAGAGGAGCCUGAAGAGGAUAUCAAUUUGAGUUGGCUUGGGAUUUGAGCCAAAUAAGAAACCACAAUCUUCUUUUGUGGAGGGCUUUGUUAGGAUUAACUGAUUAAGACAGAAGCAGUGAGCAGACCCCACCUUCCAUCCAUAUGUAAUGGCAUUUGUAUGUACCAACAAAUAAAUUAAUACUACCUUUAUAUCUAGAUCAUGCAUGUUUUCGGCAAUUGUACUUGGACCCUGAUUCAUGCUGGAUCUAGCUAGAUGGUAAGGGCAGAAAUUUAUGGUCCAGAAUUGGCCUCAGCAAUUACGCCAUAUUUGGUUCAA